CCCCCCCCCCUAGCUACCUCCAUCCUGUUCUCUAGCCAUAAUGGGGUUGUGGAGGAGUGGCAUGCCUGCUGAUCUUAGGAACACCCCGUUUGGCCCUUCCACAUGUUAAUGACCGGGGAACAGCGGUGCUCGUAAUGACGUGAAGCUUGACUGAAGGGCUCAAUAAGUGUCGGACAGAUUUAGCUACAUGCGCCCACCUGAAUGAGUUGAACCUGCGUCCUCCCCCUCUCCCACAGGAAUACCUCCUGCGCCAAAGGAAUCUUUGCCUGGGAAUUCCUAAUCUGGACGUUCACACCGGAGUCACCCUGCAUUGAAACUUCUCCUCACUUUCAUUAGCAGCCACUGAGGCCUCCUAGCUCCUUGUUUUUCUCCUGGACCCACACCACCAGCCUCCACCAUUCGCCCAUCCCUCACCACCGCGGUCCUCCCCCCUCGCCCCCGUCCCCAUUCAACCUCCACCUCCUCUGCCCCGUCCUCCCCUCUCCACCACCACCACCACCACCACCCUCAGUCCCACCACCACCACCACCACCAGCUCUCUUCACCUCCUAAUUUCCCCUGCUCCCAGGCCGCGGGCAUGGCGGCUGCCGCUACCGCCUCCUCUUCCUCCUCCCCGCCGCUCCCCACAGCCUCAGCUCCCAACGGCAGCGCCCGCGAGCACCUGCUGGCGGUGCGCCGGCGGACGCCGCACAGUCGGCCCUACACGGUGGGGCCGGACAGCCUCGGCAGUCUGUCGGUCACAGCUGGAUCCUCCUCCUCGGCUACCUCCUCGGCCGCUGCACCGUCCGGGGCGCAGUCUGAAUCAGCCGGGGUGGGCCUCCAGAGGGCCAAUAGCGACACGGACCUGGUGACCUCAGAGAGCCGCUCGUCGCUCACUGCCUCUACGUACCAGCUGACUCUAGGCCAAGGCCACCUGGUGAUCUCGUGGGACAUAAAGGAGGAAGUGGACGCCACAGACUGGAUCGGCCUGUAUCACAUCGAUGAGACAUGUGUGGCCAACGUCUGGGAGUCCAAAAACCGAGGAGUGAAUGGUACCCAGAAGGGACAGGUUUUGUGGAGACUGGAGCCUGAGCCCUACUUCAUGGAGGCUGAGACAAAGAUCUGUUUCAAAUAUUAUCACGGCGUAAGUGGAGCGUUAAGGGCAACAACUCCUUGCAUCACGGUGAAGAACCCGGGAGUACCAGUGAGGAGUGAAGGGCAAGUGGAGGACCAGUCAGGAAGUGAGCAUUGCCGAAAACUCGUCAGCUUCACCCUGUCGGAUAUCCGGGCGUCUGGGUUGAAGAAGGGGAUGUUUUUCAACCCGGACCCGUACCUGAAGAUGUCCAUCCAGCCGGGGAAGAGGAGCGGCCUCCCCAAAUUCACUCACCACGGCCAAGAGAGGCGCUCCACCAUUAUAGCCAACACCAUCAACCCUGUGUGGCACGGGGAGAAGUACACCUUUGUGGCUCUGAUGACUGAUGUGUUGGAGAUUGAAGUGAAGGAUAAGUUUGCCAAGAGCCGACCAAUCAUCAAGCGCUUUCUGGGUCAGCUGAUCCUCCCCGUGCAGAGACUCCUUGAGGGGCCAGCAGUAGAGGAUCAUCAGGUGAGCUACAGCCUGUGUCGCCGCCUCCCCACGGACCACGUCAGUGGCCAGCUUCAGUUCAGCGUGGACAUCACUUCCUCCGGACACGAAGAAGCCUCCCCAGAUGCUGUUGGGACCAUCCUGGGCAGCGGAGGAGACCCCGGCAGCCCGUCUGAUGAUGAAGACCUCCCUCAGGCUUCCUCAUCGUCCCGCGUCACAGCUGGACCCUCCCCCACGGGUUCUGACGACGGCCCCUUGUUGGUGAACGGCGUUUGUUGCUAUGGCGACGACAGCGUGUGGCAGGAGCCUGGACACGCGGGUGGGGGCGACCCGCCCCCUGCGGCUCCGGGGCUCCACGCCCAUCGACAGGUGUCCCUCAACGACUACCUUGAUGCCCUCGAGGGCCCCACAGGUCCCGGGGACCGACCUUCGGUGGGGCCCCUGCCGAAGCUGCGCUCCAGCUUUCCCACUGACACGCGGCUCAACGCCAUGCUGCACAUUGACUCGGAUGAGGACGAGGACCCGGGGGGGCAGCACAGGGAGCCGUCGCAGGAGACCAGGACGGAGCCGAGCUCAGACUCUGUGAGCAGGCCAGCUGCACUGCAGAGCGAGGGAUUAAAGGAAGACGCUGGCGCAGGAGAAGGUGCCUCCGCUGCUGCUCAGCCUCAGGGUGGGCCUCCAGAGGCCGGAUAUGAAGGAGCAGCUGACGGAGGGGAAAAUGAAGACUGUGCUCCAAGCGGAGCAUCUGUAGCUGGGGUUGAAGGGGCUACUGGGGCGGUGACUGGAGAACCCUCCACAGCUGGAGAAACCUCAUCCCAAAAGCCUGCCGGUGAGGCUGCUGCAGCCGACCCACAGGAGGAUUCAGUCCCUGAAUGUUCCUGUCAGGAGCAGAGCAGCAGGAUGGGGACCUGUAGCCCCUCGCUUGGUCCUCUUUCACCUAUUCAAGAGGUCGAAACAAGAAAAGAACUUGCUCCAAAAGCGGAGGAGGAAGGGGCGGAGUCAUCGAGCAGCGAGGCAAACGGGCCGGUUGGUGCAUGCGCUCCGAGCUGCAGCAGCAGCAGCAGCGCCGUGGGAGGAGCGGGCAGUUCUGAAGCUGGCUCCAGGGCUGAAGGCGGGGACGAGGAAGGGCGGCCCAAAGGAGCAGAGGUGUGGAGGAGGCAGUCCAUGCAGGCGUCUGCAGCCCGUGCACAGCGCCAGGAGGAGGCGGGGGCUCCACUGACUGACAGCAGGACGUUGCUUGGUGAUGGAGAGCUUGGGGCCACAGCUCAGGUCAACGGCCAUCAGUCUGUUCGAUCGCUGCCCUCCAUCCGCCAUGACAUCAGCCGCUAUCAGAGAGUAGAUGAGCCUCUGCCACCUAAUUGGGAGGCUCGCAUCGACAGCCACGGCCGCAUCUUUUACGUGGAUCACGUGAACAGAACGACGACGUGGCAGCGGCCCACCGCUCCCCCCGCCCCGCAGACUCUCCAGAGGUCCAGCUCCAUACAGCAGAUGGAGCAGCUGAACCGCAGGUAUCAGAGCAUCCGAAGGACGAUAACGAACGACAGCAGACAGGAGGAUCAGCCAGCCUGUGAGCUGCUUGGGGAUGAGACUGACAUGCAUCCCUCUGUUCCAGAGCUCCGGAGGGACACCAGCGGGGCUCAGGCCAGCUCCAGGUCUCGCAUCUCCUUGCUGCUGCAGUCCCCCAGCGCCAAGUUCCUCACCAGCCCCGACUUCUUCACUGUGCUGCAUUCCAACCCUAGUGCCUACCGCAUGUUCACCACCAACACAUGUCUGAAGCAUAUGAUCAGUAAGGUUCGCAGAGAUGCGCACCACUUUGAGCGCUACCAGCACAACCGCGACCUGGUGGCUUUCCUCAACAUGUUCGCCAACAAACAGCUGGAGCUGCCCAGAGGCUGGGAGAUGAAGCACGACCACAGCGGCAAGCCUUUCUUUGUGGACCACAACUGCCGUGCCACCACCUUCAUCGACCCCCGGCUGCCUGUUCAGAGCUCUCGGCCGAGCGUCCUGGCCCACCGGCAACACCUGACCCGGCAGCGCAGCCACAGCGCUGGGGAGGUCAGCCCGCGGCAGCUGGUGGGUGAAGACACGCGUCAUCCUGGUCCUCCCGUCUUGCCACGACCGUCUAGUACCUUCACCUCUGCUAACCGGGGGCAGUGCCAAGAGGUCGUCCCUGUGGCUUACAACGACAAGAUCGUGGCUUUUCUUCGACAACCAAACAUCUUUGAGAUUUUGCAGGAGAGACAGCCGGACUUCAGCCGAAACCAUGUGCUCAGGGAGAAGGUCCAGCUGAUCCGAAACGAUGGAGUGUCAGGACUGACCCGACUGUCAGGAGAUGCUGACCUCGUCAUGCUGCUGAGUCUGUUUGAAGAUGAAGUGAUGUCCUACGUGCCUCCUCAUGCCUUACUUCUCCCCAGCUACUGCCAGUCACCUCGGGGGUCCCCUGUUUCCUCCUCCCGAAGUUUGUUUGGGUUCUCUUUACAAGCUGAGACAAAGAUCUGUUUCAAAAGUUAUCACGGCGUAAGUGGAGCGUUAAGGGCAACAACCCCUUGCAUCACGGUGAAGAACCCGGGAGUACCAGGAAGUGUGAGGAGUGAAGGGCAAGUGGAGGACCAGUCAGGAAGUAGCAUUGCCGAAAAACUCGUCAGCUUCACCCUGUCGGAUAUCCGGGCGUCUGGGUUGAAGAAGGGGAUGUUUUUCAACCCGGACCCGUACCUGAAGAUGUCCAUCCAGCCGGGGAAGAGGAGCGGCCUCCCCAAAUUCACUCACCACGGCCAAGAGAGGCGCUCCACCAUUAUAGCCAACACCAUCAACCCUGUGUGGCACGGGGAGAAGUACACCUUUGUGGCUCUGAUGACUGAUGUGUUGGAGAUUGAAGUGAAGGAUAAGUUUGCCAAGAGCCGACCAAUCAUCAAGCGCUUUCUGGGUCAGCUGAUCCUCCCCGUGCAGAGACUCCUUGAGGGGCCAGCAGUAGAGGAUCAUCAGGUGAGCCACAGCCUGUGUCGCCGCCUCCCCACGGACCACGUCAGUGGCCAGCUUCAGUUCAGCGUGGACAUCACUUCCUCCGGACACGAAGAAGCCUCCCCAGAUGCUGUUGGGACCAUCCUGGGCAGCGGAGGAGACCCCGGCAGCCCGUCUGAUGAUGAAGACCUCCCUCAGGCCUCCUCAUCGUCCCGCGUCACAGCUGGACCCUCCCCCACGGGUUCUGACGACGGCCCCUUGUUGGUGAACGGCGUUUGUUGCUACGGCGACGACAGCGUGUGGCAGGAGCCUGGACACGCGGGUGGGGGCGACCCGCCCCCUGCGGCUCCGGGGCUCCACGCCCAUCGACAGGUGUCCCUCAACGACUACCUUGAUGCCCUCGAGGGCCCCACAGGUCCCGGGGACCGACCUUCGGUGGGGCCCCUGCCGAAGCUGCGCUCCAGCUUUCCCACUGACACGCGGCUCAACGCCAUGCUGCACAUUGACUCGGAUGAGGACGAGGACCCGGGGGGGCAGCACAGGGAGCCGUCGCAGGAGACCAGGACAGAGCCUAGCUCGGACUCUGUGAGCAGGCCAGCUGCACUGCAGAGCGAGGGAUUAAAGGAAGACGCUGGCGCAGGAGAAGGUGCCUCCGCUGCUGCUCAGCCUCAGGGUGGGCCUCCAGAGGCAGGAAAUGAAGGAGCAGCUGAUGGAGGGGAAAAUGAAGACUCUGCUCCAAGUGGAGCAUCUGUAGCUGGGGUUGAAGGGGCUACUGGGGCGGUGACUGGAGAACCCUCCACAGCUGGAGGAACCUCAUCCCAAAAGCCUGCCGGUGAGGCUGCUGCAGCCGACCCACAGGGGGAUUCAGUCCCUGAAUGUUCCUGUCAGGAGCAGAGCAGCAGGAUGGGGACCUGUAGCCCCUCGCUUGGUCCUCUUUCACCUAUUCAAGAGGUCGAAACAAGAAAAGAACUUGCUCCAAAAGCGGAGGAGGAAGGGGCGGAGUCAUCGAGCAGCGAGGCAAACGGGCCGGUUGGUGCAUGCGCUCCGAGCUGCAGCAGCAGCAGCAGCGCCGUGGGAGGAGCGGGCAGUUCUGAAGCUGGCUCCAGGGCUGAAGGCGGGGACGAGGAAGGGCGGCCCAAAGGAGCAGAGGUGUGGAGGAGGCAGUCCCUGCAGGUGUCUGCAGCCCGUGCACUGCGCCAGGAGGAGGCCGGGGCUCCACUGACUGACAGCAGGACGUUGCUUGGUGAUGGAGAGCUUGGGGCCACAGCUCAGGUCAACGGCCAUCAGUCUGUUCGAUCGCUGCCCUCCAUCCGCCAUGACAUCAGCCGCUAUCAGAGAGUAGAUGAGCCUCUGCCACCUAAUUGGGAGGCUCGCAUCGACAGCCACGGCCGCAUCUUUUACGUGGAUCACGUGAACAGAACGACGACGUGGCAGCGGCCCACCGCUCCCCCCGCCCCGCAGACUCUCCAGAGGUCCAGCUCCAUACAGCAGAUGGAGCAGCUGAACCGCAGGUAUCAGAGCAUCCGAAGGACGAUAACGAACGACAGCAGACAGGAGGAUCAGCCAGCCUGUGAGCUGCUUGGGGAUGAGACUGACAUGCAUCCCUCUGUUCCAGAGCUCCGGAGGGACACCAGCGGGGCUCAGGCCAGCUCCAGGUCUCGCAUCUCCUUGCUGCUGCAGUCCCCCAGCGCCAAGUUCCUCACCAGCCCCGACUUCUUCACUGUGCUGCAUUCCAACCCUAGUGCCUACCGCAUGUUCACCACCAACACAUGUCUGAAGCAUAUGAUCAGUAAGGUUCGCAGAGAUGCGCACCACUUUGAGCGCUACCAGCACAACCGCGACCUGGUGGCUUUCCUCAACAUGUUCGCCAACAAACAGCUGGAGCUGCCCAGAGGCUGGGAGAUGAAGCACGACCACAGCGGCAAGCCUUUCUUUGUGGACCACAACUGCCGUGCCACCACCUUCAUCGACCCCCGGCUGCCUGUUCAGAGCUCUCGGCCGAGCGUCCUGGCCCACCGGCAACACCUGACCCGGCAGCGCAGCCACAGCGCUGGGGAGGUCAGCCCGCGGCAGCUGGUGGGUGAAGACACGCGUCAUCCUGGUCCUCCCGUCUUGCCACGACCGUCUAGUACCUUCACCUCUGCUAACCGGGGGCAGUGCCAAGAGGUCGUCCCUGUGGCUUACAACGACAAGAUCGUGGCUUUUCUUCGACAACCAAACAUCUUUGAGAUUUUGCAGGAGAGACAGCCGGACUUCAGCCGAAACCAUGUGCUCAGGGAGAAGGUCCAGCUGAUCCGCAACGAUGGAGUGUCAGGACUGACCCGACUGUCAGGAGAUGCUGACCUCGUCAUGCUGCUGAGUCUGUUUGAAGAUGAAGUGAUGUCCUACGUGCCUCCUCAUGCCUUACUUCUCCCCAGCUACUGCCAGUCACCUCGGGGGUCCCCUGUUUCCUCCCCACAGAACUCCCCAGGAACUCAGCGGGCCAAUGCCAGAGCCCCAGCUCCUUACAAGAGAGACUUUGAAGCCAAGCUGCGCAACUUCUACAGGAAACUAGAAACUAAAGGCUACGGCCAAGGCCCUGGGAAGCUAAAACUGAGUAUCCGUCGGGACCAUCUCCUUGAAGACGCCUUCAACCAGAUCAUGUGCUACUCCCGCAAAGACCUGCAGCGCAGCAAGUUCUACGUCAGCUUUGUCGGGGAGGAGGGCUUGGACUACAGUGGCCCUUCCAGGGAGUUCUUCUUCUUGGUCUCCAGGGAACUAUUCAACCCGUAUUAUGGUCUGUUCGAGUAUUCAGCCAACGACACCUACACCGUUCAGAUCAGCCCCAUGUCGGCCUUUGUGGACAAUCAUCAUGAAUGGUUUCGCUUCAGCGGCCGCAUUCUGGGUCUGGCUCUGAUCCACCAGUAUCUGCUGGACGCCUUCUUCACCAGACCCUUCUAUAAAGGCCUUCUGCGCAUUCCCUGCGACCUGAGUGACCUGGAGUACCUGGACGAGGAGUUCCACCAGUCCCUCCAGUGGAUGAAGGACAAUGACAUAGAAGACAUGCUAGACCUCACCUUCACCGUCAACGAGGAAGUGUUUGGACAGAUCACAGAACGGGAGCUGAAGCCUGGCGGGGGGAACAUCCCGGUGUCAGAGAAGAACAAGAAGGAGUACAUUGAGCGGAUGGUGAAGUGGAGGAUAGAGCGAGGAGUGGUUCAGCAGACUGAAAGCCUGGUCAGAGGCUUUUAUGAGGUGGUGGAUGCCAGGCUGGUGUCUGUGUUUGAUGCCAGGGAGCUGGAGCUGGUCAUAGCUGGCACUGCAGAAAUCGACUUAUCAGACUGGAGGAACAACACAGAAUACAGAGGAGGUUACCAUGAUAACCACAUCGUGAUCCGCUGGUUCUGGGCCGCCGUGGAGAGGUUCAACAAUGAGCAGCGACUGCGACUCCUGCAGUUUGUGACGGGAACCUCGAGCAUCCCAUACGAGGGCUUCGCCGCGCUGCGUGGCAGCAAUGGACCCCGCAGGUUCUGCGUGGAGAAGUGGGGGAAGAUCACUUCCCUUCCCAGAGCUCACACAUGCUUCAACCGACUGGACCUGCCACCGUACCAGUCCUUCUCCAUGCUGUACGAGAAGAUGCUGACCGCUGUGGAGGAGACCAGCACCUUUGGGCUGGAAUGAGACGCUGUCUCCGUCUGUCCGCUCCGCCAGGCCUCCAGGGUCCUCUGCACCGCUUUUUCCUCUAAGGAGAACCUAAAGGCUUGAUAGGAGGAAACCCAAUGAAGCCGUUUUAAAGCAUGCAGGUAAACGGCGGCAGUGUUUGGCUGCUAGCGUUGACUGACUGGUUGGUAGUAGCCAGUGAAGAGAGACUGAUUGGCAAAGACUGCGGCGCUGCUGGACCUAAAAUCACAAAUAGGAAAAACCAGGACUGCCGUUCUGAAAGGACUCCGCUGGGGAGGUAGACACUUUAUGUUGCAUCUUGGGUAAUUUUGCACGCUUUCACCUGUAAGAUAGAGACACAUGAAGCCCUACACUGCCCUCAGGACUGACGUCAGAGCUGCUGACACCUGACCAGUCAGAGACCUAUUUUUACACCACUCACAAACUAAGGAACUGUUUUUCUCACUAAACCUAAGCUACUUCAGCUUAUUUUAUUUCAUUUUUUUUGUUUUUUUUAUUUGGACCCAUCUACGAAAAAACCUGAACGCUCAUCAAAAGCCGCUCCAAGUGCAGCACCCUCUGGUGGCCAGUUUAGAAACUGCAUGUGUGUAGACGAUGCAGUUGUUCUCUUUUGGCUGUAAGUUUAACAUCAGUGGGAAUCUUUCCACGGACUUUUAAAGCUAACAGCUCAUUUUGUUAGGAGCUUUUGUAUUAAAUUCCAGUAUUUUCAUUGACAACUGGGGAUUUUUUUUAGUGGUGGAAUGGAGACAUUUUGUGAUCUGAAUGUAACUAACCUUGAGAUGUAGGUUGUAUCUUUGUCAAAAUCAUUUCUAAUAUCAGAGGACAUCAAACCUCCUUUACCUUGUUUAGGUCUAAAACUGCCUGCCUGCGUUCUCCAAUGCAUCGUAGAACACACCAUCAUAAUCAUUGACUGGUUGAUUCCUUAACGAAGAGAAGCCGGCUGUGGGAGAAAUGAGUCCAUCCUUCAUUUUUACAUUGAUCAACUGCUAAACGGAUCAGUCCACUGCGUUUAUCAGUCGCCUUUUUAAAGCAGCUGUGUGAGCUCAGAGAAGCCACUGCUGCUGUAAAUGUUAGAGACAGGACAGGAAGGAGAUGAAUGAGGUUGAACGAGCACUCCUCCCUCCAGAAUGAGAGAUCAUCAAGGUGUGCAAAGCUGCAACCGAGUGAAGCCCAGAUGAGGCCCAAGCGACAGGGGUGUGCUUUCACGACAAAGCACCAUGUUUGGUGCAAACGGACAUAUCAGCACCUGAAAUCACGUACGGCCUGCCGAGCGCGGUGGUGGAGGGCUCGUGGUCUGGGCUUGUUUCCAGCCACAUGAGUUUAGACUGGGUCCAUCUUAAUGAGCAGGAGUAACGCUGUACAGCAAAGUGGGCCAGAAUCCCUCCAGAUGGAUACGAGGAGGAAGAGACCGGGGCAUGUGGCGGCUAGAGGUGGCCCUACGACCCGUUGGCUUUGCUUUACCCUCACAAGGCUUCAGCAUUUCCACAUUAGUGAAAAUAAUAAGUACAAGGUCACAUCUUAUUCAUCUGAGGGUGUAUUUGUUUCUCCAUCCCAAACGAUCAGCCCUUAAUUAUUUGUAAUGUUUUCUGACCGUGGGCUUUGAUGAAGGAGCGUGGUGCUUGGGGGUCCCCAGGUGAAGUAACAUCCUGUAAAUGCACGUCAGAAGCUGGAAAAGGGGGCUCCCAUCUUCACAGGAAGACCCCGAGCCGCAGCAGGUCAUCAGGCCCGUGCAGCAACCUGGGGCUGGCCGCAGCGCUUAUUUAUUUAUUUAUUCAAUAUAUUUUCUGUGGAAUGUAUCUAAGUAACUGAGUCACAUUGACCCACAGCUGCUGUGUCUGUUUCGUACCGUGUUAAACGUGUGAUGUGUAGGUCGGCUGGAUAAAGACGCAAAAGUGUCCAUACCUGCUGAACCUCUCCAACAUUUCAACCCUAUGCUUCCAUGCAUUGGGACUGAGACUGAGGCAAAGUAUUGCCUAGUUUUUCAACUGGAAGGAAAAUGUGCCAUAUGUAUUCAGCCCCUGGAUAAAACGUCCGUCAGGAGUCCAUCAGUAAACAGUCCAGCUGUGUGCACCUGGAUCUGACUAAACGUAGCUGUUCUGUUUGUUAGAGAACAGCGGAGAACGUGGUGAAGAGCUGAGCACCAGCAGACGGGUCGGGGAGAUGCUCAUAGUGGAGCCAUGUUGGAAGAAUCAGAUGAGACCAAAAUUCAGCUUCUUGGCCGAUAUGUGGAAAGCUUAGAGUGGCAGAAACCCAGAGGAGGCGGAGUCUCCGUGAAAACACGGCGGUGGCCGCCUCGGGCUGCGGAGGAGCUUUCUUCAGCAGGUGAGAGCUGAUGGGAAAAUGUCCCAGGCUGCAGGAGACUUGAGACGGGCGUGGCCUUAAACCUGCUGCCAGAAAUACGCUGAGAUAGUUUAGAUCACAUUCAGGUGUUAGAAUGGCCUAGUCAAAGGCCAGACCUAAAUCAACCUGAUAAGCAAAGCUGACAGGGACAAUCAUAAAGGAGUUUAAACAAAAAGUACUAUAAAAAAGCACUGACUCAUGGGGGUUGGCCUAUAAAUCAUUUUCCUUCCACUUAGGAAGCAAAGGUUCAGUGGGUGUGAAUACUUUUGAAUUGGUCUGUGUGAGUAAAAACAGCUGUAGACGGCACACAUCACAAAGCGAAGCCUUUCUUUCUGUCCGUGUCACCAAGUAGUGGGUUUCUGCUGGAGAAGACCCUUAGACCUUCUCUGGAUGAGCACCAACCACUCCACUGUCCCUCUGAAUGUGUCCCUCAUGCACAGACUGGGGUUCUAAUCAGGCACGCCUCCUGUGCUGUAACGUCUCCUUUCUGAAGCUCAGAACGCUUUGUAGCACGGCCACCCUGAUCAGGUUUACAGGAUGUAGUCUCUGGUGUCACAUUCCACUUCUCACUAAGAAAAGAGCGCAUGCCUUUAUGCACCGUCGUCACUGCUGCAGAGCACACCAGUUAGCAAAACCCGUUUUUAAUCCAGAGCACAGCACAACCUGGACUGCAGAGCCGGUAGGUGGCAAAGCAUCAGCUGCAUUGGCUGACAUGGUACUUCUUUUCAUUUGGAGAUCAAUUGGCUAAAUGUGUAAAAUAUCUCCCAUAUUUGCAGUUUUCCUACUGACUGGUGUCUUGUUUUCAUGGUUCCUGUUGUCGAUGGAAAGGCCCUUCAUGCAACCAAAGACAGUGAGACACUGCCUCUGUUCUAAGUGUGUUUAUAAGCAGGAUUUCUACCAAGCGGAUGGGGGACGUAUUCCAAUCAAUCAUUCUUGUACUGUUUUCCUUGUUCGCACUUUGAAAGAACAGGGAUCAUCAGAAAUGAGUGGGAACGUUUGUUGAUGUAGAAAUGCCAGUUCUCCUCCUGCAGGGGGAUCUCCCUCACUGAAUGCACUAAACUGUGUGGCUAACCAGAAUGUACCAAAGUUUUCAGCUGAAACAGGCUCCUCCCACACUCUGUACAGUGCACCAUACUUUAAAUAUGAAUGUCGGUUAGCUUCUCUCUCUUCAAAUAAAAUCUUCUCUGUAUGCACA